UGAUGGCAAGCGGGGAGGUUCCCGUUGUAAUGUGAAAGUUUAAAGACAUCGAAAGAAUCGCACUUUUUUUUUUAUAAAACAUAAAUUUUAUACGGCCAUCGUGCUCGCCCAGGGAAACCUUUUUGCACGACUGUUCAUCUUGACGUUUUAUACGAGUUCGUAGUAUCACCGCAGUGAAUGUUUACUAAAAGGUUGUGCAUCUUAUGAUGACAGAAAAGGAGCAUCAUUGAGAAACUUGUAAAAUGAUAACGCCAUCGAGUAAAGCGUACACGCAGAUUCCCAACAGUUUAACUGUAAUGCCACCAAUUGCAAUGCCACAUCAAAAGAAACCAAACACCAUUAUUAUAUAUCCAACAAUUGCUCCGGAAACAGUCGUCAUUCCGAUCGUGUCGUGUAUAUUUGGAUUUCCUUUAUUGGCAUUGUUGAUCAUCUGCUGCUUGAGGCAUAGAGCGAAAUUGGCUAGAGAAAGAGAUCGCAGACGUACAACAAAUUUCACUAAUGAGCAUAGUGCGAUGUCAUUGGUACGGCUGAGCCCGAUGCAUAAAUUAGGAGUUUAUCUCGCCGGAGCGCAACAACAAAAGACGAAAAACACCUCUACACGAAACGACCGAGCCAUGAGCAGAAACUUCCAAUCGCUAGAAUUGGACACAGUGAUCGAGGAAAGAAGCAGCGAACCGGACAUCGAGAACACUCUAUCAUCAAUGGAAGCCUUUUCGCAGUCAUCACAUAGUUAGCAAUCAGUGCUACCGCCCGGGAAGAGGGUGGAUGUUGGUGUUCAGACAGAUAAGAAGAAAAAGCCACCACCAAGAUCACCAUUAUGGAGUACGUUGACCAAUAACAAAGAUGACGAACCAAGUACUGAUGGCAGCUGACAAAACGAUUGCCCUUUGCCGGGGCCUCCUUUGUGAUUUCAUUUUAAUCGACAAUUAAAACUCUUUUUUUUUCAUUUUUUAUGUGAUAAAUUCGUAUAUGUUCGUUCAUUUAUUUAUAUACUCUGUAAUAUGUUUUUAAUAUCAAUUAAUUUGUUCAAACAAAUCUUUGGAAAGAUUUAUUUGGUAGAGUCCACCACUUGUGUUACUGACAGAAAAAAAAAGAAUCAAAAAAAAAAAGAAUCAAUCUUUUCAUCGAAAAUAACCCUAUGUCAGGGUAUAAAUGACUUUCAUGUAAAAUAAGCGUUUUAUUAAGUACCUAUCUAUUUACUAAUGAUUUCUAAUCUGAUGAAAAUAUGAAUACCUACACUUGAGCGUACCUAUGUAUAAACGAUUUAUUUAAAUGUUCACGUCUUUUUAUUUAUUUACUUUUUUAAAUUUUAAUGGAUUAGUUACCUACCUACGUUUAUGUAUGUACUUAUUUUAGCUUUCACCACAAUGUUUUUCAUUUAUGUAUUAUCGAUUCAUUCUAUAGACUUACAAGCGAUUACUCGUGUAUCAAUGUAGUACCUAACUAAUGUGAGUGUUUGGUCAAGGAUCUGCCACAGCUAAAAUUUGAAUAAAAGUGGAUGACAUACCAACUAUGUCUAAAAAUAAGUACUGUAAAUAAAUGUCAUAAAUUUUUGAGCCAUUUACCAAAUUGAAAUGAUUAUAAUUACCUAUGAUUGAUUGAAUAUUGUUAAAUUAUUGAAGAAUCUCUGCAAAAAAAAACUUAUUCAAAUGAACAUUUUUUUGGUUUUAGAUCUUUCGCACAUUUCCCUAGGUAAUAUUAAAUAAAUUCAUUUUGAUUCAUUUUUUAAAAGGACGAUAAAGUAUUCCUUCAGUUACUAAGAUAGACAUUUAUUCAUUCACCUUUAUUUUUUUUAUUUUUUUUUUUUAUAAAAUGGAUAUUGACAAAUGGCCCAUAAAUAGGGCAGAUCGUUGAAAAUCUUUUCUGAUCCUGCUAUAGAUAAAAAAAUACCAUUUUUUUAAUUUUGGGAAAUUUUUGCAAAUUUAAAUUUGGUCUUGCUGAAAAAAUCAAAAAAUUUAAUCGAACUGAUCGUAAGAUAAUACGCUGAAAUUUUAUCAGUAGCUAUCCAAUUUUAUUCUCUUGAAACAAUCAUUGGAAUUUUCACGUCGUUCUGAGGCUUUUAGCAACUUUUCUAAACUAAAUUUAAGCUUUCUAAACCAAUUUCAUGAAAUUUUGAUUUUUUUUUGUGGAAAUUACCUAGAUACCAAAUUUGAGUUUUUAAAAUAUCAAUUUUUCGAAAUCAAAAUACAAAAUUUAAUGCAUUAAUUUAUGCAUUAUUGUGUUAGUGUGUCAGUACAUAUUUAUUUAAUAUUCUUUCGAUUUUUUUUUGUUCGGGUACAAAAAUUUUUCUGCAAAUUGGGAUACUUUUCUUGGAUUUUCCAAUUUGUUAAAUUUCAAUACCUAAUGGUAAGUAUAAAAUUUUCAAAAUCCCAGGUGAAAUUUUUGUUAUUGAUUCGACAUCAAUAUUUUAAGCCAAAAAAAUAUAUUUGGCACAAUUUUUCACAUUUUCUCCUUUUUUCAAAGUGAUUUCUUUUGUUUUAAAAAAUUGCAAAAAAUUCAUGGUUCGGUCAUUGUAACUCAACAGAAAUAAUUUUUCUAUUUUUAAAAAAAUUAAUCAAAAUUUUAUACCUAUGGAGUUUAAUUGAUGACACUUUCUUUAUUAUAAAAUUUUUUUUAAUUGCUCGUAAUUUUAAGACGUCUAAAUAUCAUUUAAAUUGAAAAUUUGAAAGAGUACUGUCCAGAUACUUUGCAUGGGUACUACACGCCUCCUUUUCAAAUUAGAGGUAUUUAAUAGGAUGCAUGCUAUGCAAUACAUUCAACAUAAUGUUAUUGAUUGGCAGCGUAACAAAAAAUAAAAUAAAUGAAAACAAUCACAACCUUACUAUUUAGAAUUUAUUCUUCAAUGUCACAAAUUUUAGGGUAAAAUUUCUCAGUAAGUAUUGUACUAUUUGUAAAUAAUAUUUCCAUUUUAAAAAUCUGAAAGUUUUUCUAUUCUUCAUUCUACAGCGUGCAUUGGUUAUUAUUCUAGCAUAGAUAUUAUGUCUUCCCUUCAUCAUUUAAUUUUUUUUAGUCAUCAUCAUAAAAACUUUUAGAGCAGACCAAUCUGAAAAAAAAAAGGAAAAACACUUACUCGUAUUUACAAACAACAUCAUCAUAUUAAAAUAAAAUAACUUCAUAAACCGUGAAUUUUUCCGAUAUGCCAAUUUAUCAAGUAAAAAAAUAAAUAAACUUUCUUUUUAGUUGACCAUAAAGUAAAAAUUUUCUAUAAUCUGGUAAAUUACAAAUCAUUAAAAUAGUUGAACUGAUACUUUGUUGGAAUUUCAUCUUUGGAAAAGCAUUCUUUUCAAAUAUUUGUUUGAAUAAUAAAUGUUACAUAUGUACAUUUUUAUUGCGUAAUAAAAGUCUUAACAUUUUGUCUGACGACUGAAUGGUAAUAAUUUUUAAUAUUCUUCUGUCGCCUACAUCAUUUUUUUUUUCUCUGAUCAUCCUUUGCGUUAUGUCUACUGUACGUUAUAGUUAUGUGUAGUUUGCAAGCUUACCUAAUAAUACUCGUACUAAUGCGAUGAAUAACUUUGUGUACUCAAAUAAUUAUGUAACAUUUUGUUUCGUGUACUUACGACUUACGACGUACCUAACCUACGUAUAGGUAUAAACAAAUUAUAAUUUUGGAAUCUAGACGAAUGGAACGUAUGUUGCGAAAUUACGUUAAUUUUUUUAUGUUUAAGAAGUAACUCGUUUGAUGUUCGAUAUGAAAAAAAUGAAAAUAUAAUUUAACAUUUUUA